AUGCAGUUACUCACAUUUCCCUUUGCUGAAGACAGCAAAGACAUACAGAGCUUUUUCCUUUUGGAUCUCUUCAGCCAGCUAAAGGAAAGUUCAUCAAAGACAGCACUACUAGCACUGAAGCCCAUUCUUCAAGUUGCCCCUGCUGUAUGGACAUUUGAUUUACACAAACUAGAGAAGACUCCUGCUCUUACUGAAUUACUGAAGCUUCAGGCUGUCACAAAAACUGUGGAGCUCACAAGCUGGUCAUGUGAAAGAGAAAAACUUAAGAGUUUCCUAAAUUGUUUACCCUAUAUUUCACACCUUUGCUGUGAUGAGCAGUUUUUCCAGUCUGUGUGUGAAGUGCUUUCAGCAGACAGCAAAUGGAAUCCAAAACAGAUUGCUGAGCUUGUAAGAUCCCUUGGUUUUAGUAUUUCUUUGAUAGACAUGCUGCCAAGUCGCCUCUGCAAAGCUGUUGCCAGUGUUUUUGAACUUUUGGACAAAGAGGAGGGCAUCUCCCUCAGUCUUCUUCCUCAAAAGAUCUCUUGUCAAGGUUGUGCCUACCUCUUUUCAAAUAUGAAAAAGCUUCAAACCUUGAGGGUAAAUGAAACGGCAACGGCAAAGCUGGCAAGACUGGUUAUAUCAGAUAAAGAAAUAAAUGCUGUAACUGUGGAAGAGUUGUCUUUGGUUUGGUCUAACUCUCAUCUACCAGAGAGAGCACUUUGCCAGCUAUUAGGUAACCUAACUUCUCUUCUUAGAGUCUGGACAGUCCACAGCUUGAACCUUUCUGAAUUUAAAAUUGAGCCUCACUGGCUCAUUUGUCUGCUGUGUCAUCAGGGAUAA